AUGGCGCAUAUCUUCUCCCUGUUCCCAGAUGCUGGGACGGGAUACAAAGAUGGCCGUAAAGAUGAAGGGCAGGUCAAAUUCCCAGACACCCCCUACUUCAAGGGUGCCCUCAAGCCGAGCCGGCUGGAGGGCGACAUCACUGAGCUCGAGACGAGCGGCAACAUCCCCCCAGAAAUAAACGGGACAUUCUUUAGGGUCCAGCCAGACCCUCAGUUUCCUCCCGUGUUCGAGGACGACGUGCACUUUAGCGGCGACGGAAACGUCAGCGCCUUUCGGUUCAACGGCGGGCAUGUCGACUGGAAGCAGCGCUACGUGCGCACCGAUCGCUUCGAGGCCGAGAGAAGCGCGCGCAAGGCAAUGUUUGGGAAGUACAGAAACACCUUUACGGACAAUGAAGCCGUCAAGGGGAUCAUCAGGACGGUCUCCAACACCAAUGUCAUCUUCUGGCGCGGCUCGCUUCUCGCACUGAAGGAGGACGGCCCCCCUUUCGCCAUGGAUCCAACCACCCUAGAAACACUCGGCAGAUACGACUUUGAGGGCCAGCUGGAGUCGCCCACCUUCGCCGCGCACCCCAAGUUUGACCCGCAGACGGGCGAGAUGGUGGCCUUUGCGUAUGCCGCCAGCGGUGACGGGCAAGAUGCAAAUUGCGACCUGGCCGUCUGGACGUUUGACCGGACGGGGAAGAAGACCCAGGAGGCUGUUUACAAGGCUCCCUUCUGUGGAAUGAUUCAUGAUGCGGCACUUACGAGCAACUAUCUCAUUCUGCCCUUGACACCCCUCAAGGCCAGUCUCGCUCGUCUCAAGGCUGGCGGCAACCACUGGGCUUGGGACCCGGACGAGGACCAGUGGUACGGGAUCGUCCCGAGACGUGGAGGCAAGGACAUCAUCUGGCUGCGGUCCGACAACGCCUUCCAUGGUCACGUCACUGGCGCGUACGAGAAUGAGGACGGCCACAUCGUCUGCGACCUGACCGUCGCCUAUGGCGGCAACGUCUUCUUCUGGUGGCCGCCCGAGGGUUCGCCGAGCACCGGCAAUGUGCGCCAGAAGCUCUCCUCGGACACGGUCAGAUGGAUCUUCGACCCCAACAGCCCGUCUGGCACGCGCGUGGAGCCGGCAAAGCGCUACGGCACAAACGGCGAGUUCAGCCGAGUCGAUGACAGAUGGGUCACGCGCAAGUAUAGGCACUUCUGGCAGCUGCAGAUCGAUCCCUCGCGGCCGUAUAAUAUCGCCAAAUGCGGCCCGCCCGCCGGCGGCCUAUUCAAUGUCAUUGGCCACUUCGACUGGGAGACGGGCUCAAAGAAUGAUGUGUUUUGGGCGGGCGACACAACCACGUUCCAGGAGCCAGUCUUUGUCCCCAAGUCGGGUGCUGAGGGGGACGGCUAUCUGAUGACCUUGCUGAACCAUCUCGACGUGCUUCGGAACGACAUCCUGAUUUUCGAUGCACUCAACGUGGCAAAGGGGCCUAUCGGCGCGUGUCACUUGCCGGUCCAGAUCCGCCUGGGGCUGCACGGGAACUUUGUCGAGCAACGCGAGAUUGACGAGUGGGAGCAACGACGCAGAGAGGGCGGUGAGGCUGUGAAAGUGGCCACGAAGCCCCUGCCCUGGCAGCAGAAGCUCCUCGAGAACGGUGCCGCCCAGGGCGCCAAUGGUGGGAGAUAG